AACACGCCUCUCCAUACAAACCUAUGCUAACUUAAAACCUAUUCUUCCUACACAAAUAAAACCCUGCUUUUACCUUUAGUUAUCAAACAAAACAGCAAUGGCCGUUAUUGAUUUUUCUGGUUUCUCUUCAAAGCCACACAACAAUGAUAUUGAUAGUAAUGGUUGUGUUGACAAGGUGAAGAGGAUGGAGAAGAGGCCUAAGACGAAGAUUGUGUGUACGUUGGGGCCUUCUUCGAGAUCGGUGGAGAUGAUCGAGAGGUUGCUUGUUGCUGGGAUGAAUGUGGCUAGGUUUAACUUUUCGCAUGGGAGCCAUGAGUAUCAUCAGGAGACUCUUGAUAAUUUGAGAACUGCUGUUGUCAAUACCUCUAUUCCUUGUGCUGUUAUGUUGGAUACGAAGGGUCCAGAAAUUCGAACAGGGUUGUUGAAGGAUGGUAAAAAAAUCAAUCUUCGGCAGGGUCAAGAAAUCACUAUCUCGACUGAUUACACCAUUCAAGGUGAUGAUGACAUGAUCUCGAUGAGCUACAAGAAACUUGCUGAGGACGUAAAGCCAGACAGUGUUAUUUUGUGUGCGGAUGGAAGUAUAUCACUCAGAGUUUUAUCUUGUGACAAGGAAAGAGGCUUGGUCAGAUGUCGAUGUGAAAAUUCUGCAGCUUUAGGUGAAAAGAAGAAUGUCAAUCUUCCUGGUGUAAUUGUUGAUCUGCCAACAUUAACUGAGAAGGACAAGGAUGAUAUCUUAAACUGGGGAGUUCCUAACAAGAUUGACAUUAUUGCUUUGUCAUUUGUACGCAAAGGAUCAGACCUCAAAGAGGUUAGGAAGCUGCUCGGUGAUCAUGCCAAGACUAUAGUUCUGAUGUCAAAGGUUGAGAAUCAAGAAGGGGUGGCCAACUUUGAUGACAUUCUUGCCAAUACAGAUGCAUUUAUGGUAGCUCGGGGUGACUUGGGUAUGGAGAUACCAAUUGAAAAGAUAUUCCUAGCACAGAAGAUGAUGAUCUCCAAGUGCAAUGUGGCGGGGAAGGCUGUGGUGACUGCAACACAGAUGCUAGAGUCAAUGACCAAAUCCCCACGACCUACUCGAGCGGAAGCAACUGAUGUUGCCAAUGCAGUUAUUGAUGGAACUGAUUGUGUGAUGCUUAGUGGUGAAACAGCUGCAGGGGAUUACCCAGAACUUGCAGUUCAAACAAUGGCUAAUAUUUGCUUAGAGGCAGAGAAUUCCCUGAACUAUUACGACAUCUUUAAAAGGGUCAUGGAAACUGCACCAAAGCCCAUGACUCCAUUAGAGAGUUUGGCUAGCUCUGCUGUGCACACUGCUACUUCCUCACAGGCAGUUCUGGUUGUGGUCCUAACUAGAGGUGGAACCACUGCAAAGCUGGUAUCCAAAUACCGACCAAAAAUGCCAAUCUUGUCUGUAAUAUUACCUGAUGGAGCUACUGAUUCUAUGGAUUGGUCAAGCACUCACCAGGCCCCGGCAAGGCAUGGCCUUAUAUACAGUGGAAUUGUGCCUCUAUUGACUCCAGGAUGGACAAUAACUCCUCCUAAUAGUUCCACAGAAGAAGUGAUGAAGUAUUCCAUCGAAUAUGCAAAGACGAGAAACCUUUGCAAGCCGGGAGACGCAAUCGUGGUGUUGCAUUAUGAUGGCACAUUUGGCAUGCUCCAGAUCUUGUUUGUGAAGUAACCACAUUCUCUCCUCUUCCCUAAUAAAUUUUGCUAGAUACCAGAAUACUUGAGGCUAUAGACUUAUAAGUGUAGGUGCGUAAGUUUUGAGGCUGAUAAUUUGACUUGAAUUUGCUAUCACGUAUGAAAUUCGGUUUUGAUCUUUGUUUUUUAUAUAAACAAUAUUCGAUAUGCUUGUUAAAAA